AUGGGAUUAAAAUGUGGAAUUGUUGGUCUUCCAAAUGUCGGGAAAUCAACGUUAUUUAAUGCACUUACGCAGGCAGGGGCUUUGGCUGCCAAUUAUCCAUUCGCUACAAAAGAGCCCAAUGUGGGCAUGAUUUCAGUUCCUGAUGAAAGGCUAGACCGUCUCUCUAAGCUGGUAAAUUCAAAGAAAACUAUACCUACUACUGUUGAAAUCGUUGAUAUAGCAGGACUUAUAAAAGGAGCCAGUAAAGGAGAAGGUUUAGGAAAUCAGUUUCUAGCGAACAUUCGAGAGGUUGAUGCUAUAGUUCAUGUCAUUCGGUGUUUUGAAGAUGGCAACAUAAUUCAUGUUGAUGGUGGUAUAGAUCCUAUUCGUGAUAAGGAAACUAUCGAUUUUGAGCUCAUCAUGAAGGAUCUAGAGAUAGUAGAAAAAAGAAUUGACAAACUUAAAAAGGCUUCUAAAUCUGGAAAUAAAGAAGAAAAGGCAAAUCUUGAAAUCGCUCUUCUUUUAUAUGCACAUUUAGAAAAUGAACUUCCAGCUCGAUCUUUUGAGUGGCCAGAAGGCAGUGCAGAAGUUUUUAGAGACCUGCUACUUCUAACGAAUAAACCGAUCAUGUACGUCUGUAAUGUGGAUGAAGAGUCGGUCCUUAAAGGUAACGAGCAUACAAAAAUAUUUAUAGAUUCUGUUAAGAAUGAAGCUGCUGGAGUUGUUCUUAUUUCUGCGGCUAUAGAAGCAGAUAUCAUCGAAUUGGAUACGAACGAGGAAAAACUGGAAUUCUUAAAGGAUAUGGGGCUUUCUGAACCUGGGGUUAAUAGAGUUAUUAAAGCAGCAUAUGACCUACUAGAUCUUAUUACUUAUUUGACUGCUGGAGAAAAAGAAGUGAGAGCUUGGACCGUGCGAAAAGGAUCCACAGCCCCUCAAGCAGCUGGGGUGAUACACACAGAUUUUGAAAAAGGUUUUAUCAGAGCUGAGGUCAUAAACUAUGAUGAUUUUAUCCGAUUAGGAUCUGAGGCUGCUGUAAAAGAGCAGGGACUUAUGUCCAUAGAAGGUAAAGAAUAUAUCGUGAAAGAUGGCGAUGUGAUGCACUUCAGAUUUAACGUUUAA